ACCAUGCGCGCAACCAUUAUCGUGCACUUACACUAAACGUCUCUCUCCUUCUCUCGACACCGUUCCUCUUUUUUCUUUUUUAUUCUCCGUCGCUGAUUUCUUUUCGAAUCGGUUAUCUAGUUUGCCUCUUUCGUCCGACAUUUGGCAGGAAUAAUAUAUCGAUUUUUUUCGGUCCCAUCGGUGUGCAGUGCUUCAAGCCGGACAAAUUUCAUUAUCCCUCUGCCAGCCGAUCAAAGGACGAGCGCCAUGAGGGUCACAGUGGCGAGGAGGCCGAUAUUGCUGUUGCUCUGCGCGUUGCUGCUGCUGCUGCUGGUACUAACUGAACGCACGGAAGCGGCACGAAAGAGAUUCCGCAGGCCAACGACAGCGAGGCCAUCGGUAUCAAGUAGCAGCGAUCAGGAGGUAUCGGCAAGCGUUAAUAGAUUUAAAGUGACGCGCAAUCGAAUCAGCAACAAGAACAGCAAGAACGAGUUGCAGCCUGGCAAAUCAACCGAUGACUACAAGGUCGUGUGCUACUACACCAACUGGUCACAGUAUCGCACGAAGAUAGGCAAGUUCCAGCCGGAAGACAUACAGCCGGAUUUGUGCACCCACAUUAUCUUCGCCUUCGGUUGGCUCAAAAAGAACAAACUGACGAGCUUCGAAUCCAAUGACGAGACCAAGGACGGGAAGAUCGGCCUUUACGAGAGGAUCGUUGGACUGAAAAAGGCCAAUCCUUCGCUCAAAGUUCUUCUUGCUAUCGGUGGCUGGUCGUUCGGCACGCAAAAGUUUAAGGAAGUGUCGGCGACUAGAUAUGCCCGACAGACCUUCAUCUAUAGUGCCAUACCGUACUUGCGCGAGCGCGGUUUCGAUGGCUUGGACAUGGAUUGGGAAUACCCCAAGGGCGGCGACGACAAGAAGAACUUUGUCCUGCUGCUGAAAGAACUGCGCGAAGCAUUCGAGGCCGAGGCUCAGGAGCGCAAAAAGCCGAGACUGUUGCUGACCGCCGCCGUGCCGGUGGGACCGGACAACGUCAAGAGUGGAUACGACGUGCCGGCCGUUGCCAGUUACCUGGACUUCAUCAACCUGAUGGCAUACGAUUUCCACGGCAAAUGGGAGCGCGAAACAGGACACAAUGCACCCUUGUACGCGUCGUCGCUCGACAGCGAAUGGCAAAAGCAAUUGAGCGUCGACUAUGCCGCUGCGCUAUGGGUACGACUCGGUGCGCCCAAGGAGAAACUCAUCAUCGGCAUGCCAACUUACGGGCGAUCCUUCACUCUGUCCAAUCCAAAUGCCUUCAAGGUUCAUUCGCCGGCGUCUGGUGGUGGUAAAGCCGGAGAAUAUACCAAGGAGUCGGGAUUUCUAGCUUAUUACGAGAUCUGCGAGAUGCUACUGAACGGUGCCGCCUACAUCUGGGACGACGAGAUGAAAGUGCCGUACCUCGUGCAUCACGACCAGUGGGUCGGCUUUGACGACGAGAGAUCCAUCAGAAACAAGAUGCGAUGGCUCAAGGAUAAAGGAUACGGAGGUGCCAUGGUAUGGACCGUCGACAUGGACGACUUCAACGGCACGACCUGCGGCAGUGGAGUUAAGUAUCCGUUGAUCGGUGCGAUUCGCGAGGAACUGCGUGGAAUUUCGCGUGGCAGUAAUGCCAAAGACGUUGAUUGGAGUGCCGUAGCCACAACUAUCACCGAGGUAGUGGUCAAGAAGCCCGAAGCCUACAAAAUUUCCGUUUCCGAGGUUUUGAGCAAAGCUAAGAAGGUCAGCAAGCCAACUCAGCUGGUCAUCAGUUCGCCCAAUACCAAACAACGAGACGCUCAAACGAUAUGCUACCUGACCAACUGGUCGCACAAGCGGCCGAGCACCGGCAAAUUCAUGCCGGAAGACAUCGACACGAGUCUGUGCACCCACGUGAUUUACGCGUUCGCCACGCUUAAAAAUCAUUUGUUAUCCGAGAGCAACGACAAGGACGCCGAAAUGUACGAGAGAUUGAUCGCCCUCCGCGAGAAGAACCCUGACAUCAAGAUUCUAUUGGCAAUUGGUGGCUGGGCAUUUGGCUCGACGCCAUUCAAGGAACUGACGAGCAAUACCUUCCGCAUGAACCAAUUCGUUUACGAGGCUAUCGACUUCCUUCGUGAAUACAAAUUCGACGGACUCGACGUCGACUGGGAGUAUCCACGAGGCGCCGACGAUCGUGCGGCUUACGUGAAUCUGUUGAAGGAACUUCGAGUAGCUUUCGAAGGCGAGGCCAAAAGUGCCGGUCAGCCGAAAUUGCUUCUCUCGGCUGCUGUACCUGCCAGCUUCGAAGCUAUCGCUGCCGGGUACGACGUGCCCGAGAUUUCUAAAUACUUGGACUUUAUAAAUGUCAUGACUUACGACUUUCACGGACAAUGGGAGAGACAGGUUGGACACAAUAGUCCUCUGUUUCCCCUAGAAAGUGCUACCAGCUAUCAGAAGAAACUCACGGUGGACUUUAGCGCGCGCGAAUGGGUAAAACAAGGAGCACCAAAGGAGAAGCUAAUGAUCGGAAUGCCAACGUACGGCAGAUCUUUCAGUCUUGUUGACAAGACGAAAUUCGACAUUGGAGCUCCGGCUUCUGGAGGCGGCGCUGCUGGUAAUUACACAAACGAGCCCGGCUUCCUCUCUUACUACGAGGUCUGUUCAUUCUUGAACGAAGAUAACACGACGUUGGUUUGGGACAGCGAGCAACAAGUACCAUUUGCUUACAGGGACGACCAGUGGGUCGGUUUCGACGACGAGAGAAGUUUGAUCAAUAAGAUGAACUGGCUGAAGGAAGAAGGUUUUGGUGGAAUAAUGAUAUGGUCAGUCGACAUGGAUGACUUCCGAGGAUCAUGUGGUAAUGGAAAAUUCCCUCUGAUCAGGGCAAUGAAAAAAGAACUUGAAAACUACGCAGUGAAGCUCGAGUACGAUGGACCGUACGAGAGUAAUGUGAGAGGCGGAAAGUAUACCACCAAAGAUCCAAACGAAGUAACCUGCGACGAAGAAGACAAUCACAUCUCCUACCACCCAGACAAGAACGAUUGCACGAUGUAUUACAUGUGCGAGGGUGAACGCAAACAUCAUAUGCCUUGUCCUGUGAAUCUCGUUUUCAAUCCCAACGAGAAUGUCUGCGAUUGGCCAGAAAAUGUCGAAGGCUGCCUUCAACAUACGCAAGCACCGCCCGUCUGA